UGUUAGGUCUCUAGUUGCUUUAAAUCUUCAUAACUAUGGAAGUGGAAGAAAUCCUUGGGGAAAUUUGAAGCCAGACUAUUUGGAAAAGAGGGGCUUUGUUGAGGCCCAAGCUGAUGAUGGCCUCUUAGAAAUUUUUGGCCUAAAACAUGGAUGGCAUGCUUCAUUUGUUAUGGCUGAACUUAUAUCUGCCAAACACAUUGCUCAGGCUGCAGCACUUAGAUUGGAGCUCCGAGGUGGAGAGUGGAAAGAAGCUUUUAUGCAGAUGGAUGGGGAGCCAUGGAAACUGCCAAUGAGCAAGGAUUAUACAACAGUCGUUGAAAUUAAGAGGGUACCAUUCCAGUCGGUUAUGAUCAGUGGAGAGUAA